AUGGUCAUCUUCAACGGCAUCGAAGCAGAGUUGCAGCUUGACUGUGGAUCGGAUAUCACGUUGAUCUCAAAAGAAACCUGGGAGAAGAUUGGCAAGCCUGCUAUCAAAUCCACUCGAAUGGAAGCGACUACAGCGUCUGGAGAACCUCUGGAACUUCUUGGAGAAUUCGCAACGACUGUCAGCAUCAGCGAUGUUUCUCUGAAGCAGCAUUGCUACAUCACUUCGGUCGAAGGUCUCAACGUGAUCGGUCUGGAUUGGAUGGACCACUUCGUUACACGGUUUCCGGAAGUCUUCCAGGACGGAUUGGGUCACUGCACGAAAACGAAAAUCAGUCUAACCCUGAGACCAGAUGUGCAGCCAAUUUUCCGGCCAAAGCGACCAGUACCAUUCCAUGCCACUCAAAAAGUCGAAGAGGAACUGGACAGACUACAAAGCUUGAACAUCAUAACACCCAUCGAUUUUUCGGAUUGGGCAGCCCCGAUCGUUGUCGCCAAGAAGCCUGGCGGAAAGGUCCGUAUAUGCGCCGAUUAUUCCACCGGACUCAAUGAGGCACUAGAAGCAAACCACUACCCUCUACCAACUCCAGAAGACAUUUUCACCAAACUCGCAGGCAAGCGUGUUUUCAGUAUCAUUGAUCUUUCCGACGCCUACCUACAAGUGGAGGUUGAUGAUGUUUCUAAGAAGCUCCUGACAAUCAACACUCAUCGUGGAUUGUACAGAUUCAACCGGUUGGCACCUGGAGUAAAAUCAGCAACUGGCGCUUUCCAGCAGCUCAUGGCGAAGAUGAUAGCAGAUUUAGAAGGAGUUGACGCUUUUCUGGAUGACUUCAUCGUUCACAGCGAAGACGAAGAAAACCACUAUAGAAUCCUCACUGCACUCUUCAAGCGACUUCGCGAAUACGGUUUCCGUUUGCGUCUGGAGAAAUGCAAGUUCAACCAGGAGGAGAUCAAAUAUCUGGAACUCAUUGUCAAUGAAAAUGGAAUCCGACCCGAUCCAACGAAGAUUGAAGCGAUAGUCCACAUGCCAGCUCCAACCAACGUCAGCACAUUGCGGUCAUUCCUUGGCGCCGUGAACUUUUAUGGCAAAUUUGUACGAGAGAUGCACCAACUUCGCCAUCCUCUGGACAAUCUUUUGAAGAAGGACGCCAAAUUCAUCUGGAGCAAGGAGUGCCAACAAGCGUUUGCGGACAUCAAACGGAUUCUACAAUCAAACCUGCUUCUCACCCACUACAAUCCGGAAUUGGACAUCAUCGUUGCUGGUGACGCGUGCAAGACGGGCAUUGGUGCAGUCCUGAUGCAUCGUUUCCCCGGCGGAUCCAUCAAAGCGGUUUCACAUGCAUCCAAAUCGCUCAAUCAAACUGAGCAGAACUACAGUCAGAUUGAGAAGGAAGCACUUGCGUUGGUUUUCGCCUGCACAAAAUUCCAUCGCAUGCUUUGGGGUCGACGAUUCACGCUGCAAACAGAUCACCAACCGUUGUUGAAGAUUUUCGGAUCCAAGAAGGGAAUUCCAGUCCAUACCGCCAAUCGACUGCAGCGAUGGGCACUCACGCUAUUGGGUUACGACUUUGGUAUCAAGUACGUCUCAACACAAAACUUUGGGUACGCUGACGUUUUAUCACGCCUCAUCAACAACCACGAGAAGCCUGAGGAGGAAGCGGUUAUUGCUAUGGUCCAUAUCGAAGCUGAUGUCACUUCUGGUCUGCAAGAUACGCUAUCAAAUCUUUCUGUCACAUCCGAGGCGGUCCGAGAUGCUACAUCAAAAGAUCCAGUGUUGCAAAAGGUAACAUCCUACAUCAAAAACGGCUGGCCAGUGCGCGCUGAAGCUAUCUGUGAAGCUGAAGUUAAACCAUUCUACACUCACCGAGAAUCGUAUUCCAUGGUUGGCGUGAUGAUGAUGGAUCGAGUGGUUGUUCCAAAAUGCCUUCAAAAGCGUAUCCUGAAGCGAAUUCAUCAAGGUCAUCCUGGAAUCGAGAGAUCAAAGGCGAUUGCCCGAGGGAUUGUUUUCUGGCCAAGAAUCGAUUCUGACAUUGCUGACUACGUACGCCGAUGUUCAAGUUGUGCCAGCGCUGCCAAGUCUCCACCCCAAGCGGAACCUCAACCCUGGCCGAGAGCAAAUGGUCCAUGGCAACGUCUUCAUCUGGAUUUUGCUGGUCCCUUGGAAGGAUAUCAUUACCUGGUUGUGGUGGACUCUUAUAGCAAAUGGCCAGAAAUUCUGCAGACGCGAUCACCAACAAGCUCAACAACAAUUUCCUUUCUUCGUGAAUGUUUUGCUCCAUUCGGUAUACCAACGGUGGUUGUAACAGACAAUGGAAGUCAAUUCGUAAGUGCUGAAUUCAGGACAUUUUGCGAAGAACUAGGAGUCGUUCAUUUGCGCACCGCACCGUAUCAUCCGCAAUCUAACGGGCAGGCGGAACGGUUUGUAGAUACCCUCAAGCGCUCCUUGAAGAAAAUUAUUGGGGGAGGAGAAACGUCGACUUCAACUGCUCUUCAAACGUUCCUGCACAUCUACAGAUCAACACCAUCCGCCGUUCUGGACGGAGAAUCACCCGAUGAAAGAAUGCUCGGUCGUUCUAUGAGGACUACUCUGGAUCUCCUACGACCUACUUCCCAGUCUGUCGGUCUGAAACCGAAGCUCAACCGUGAAUUUGAAGCUGGAUCGUUUGUGUACGCCAAAGUUUAUUCAAGCAAGGAUCUCUGGAAGUGGACAAGGGCGUAG